AUGUGUGUGACUGAGAAAUGGUUCUACCGUGAAUGUGGUUGUCACUAUAACCACAACAUCCUAUGCAGUACUUAUCAUCGGACUCGAAUACCCGGUACCGCUCCGACAACCCAAUACUCUGUGCACCCGUGGAUCGAAGAGGCGGGCGUCGAUGCCUAUGUGGCCUCCAAACAGCAGAGACGACAUGCAUGGCCUCCCGAGCCACGGGAUUGUCCGGAGCAUACCACGGUUGAGAAGUUCUUUCUCAACCACGUAUGCGAAGAUUGUCUCCUAGCAAAGCUUCCCCCCAAACCGCCUGAAUUAGAACAUCUCAUGACACCGGCUGGCCCCGUUCCUACACCUGAUGAUGGGUGUGGGCUUAUCUGGGACAGCGAAGUCAAGGUCGAAAUCCAGAGCGAAACCUCAGAACCACCUCACAGACCGAAAACUCCAGAUGUCGCUCUUUGGGACAAUGACUUGCAUGAGGACAGAGGGAUGGUAGAAAGUCAGACCAAGGCCAAGGUUGAAAUCGACAGCUAUAGCAUCUCCGCGGAAGAUCCUUCAUCUCCAUUAUCCCUCACCUUUGACGAUGAGGCCAGCUCGCUGUCUUCUUCCAUGCCGAUCUCCCCCCCUAGCUCAGCCAUCGCGGGCAGUGAUGGACUUAUCUCACCCUCGUAUCAGAAUAGACGAUAUGGUCUUGCCUUCCACCGGCCCUUCCUUGCAGAUCUCAACGACGCCGAUGACGAAUUUGACUCCUGCCCCGAGCAAUACUAUCGGUUCCCUACACCGCCCUCGCGAGGAAGGUCUAGGGUGCGUGGAGAUGCGAAUGGAAGUGAGCGCGCUGCGGCAGGCCCCGAGGUAUCGCACGUACCGGUCAGAGGCAGGCCCAACAGCAACAGACUUUCCAGACUCGAGACUUUGAGAUCUUUGUCGAAUAAUGUUGUGUCCAGCUCAAAGUUUCCGGACGAGGACAAAUCGUGCGACAAUGAUUCGACUCGGUCCUCGGUGUCCACGAGGUUCAAGUCGAGGACUCCAUUUCGUGGCUUUCGAACUCGGAAGGUCGAUCCACUCAUUGCAGAGACAAUCGAAGCUAGACCAGUCUUACUAGCUGACGACUGCAUUGACACCGGUCAGAUCCCAAUUUCAUGCCCAGGGUCUGGCGGAAGUUCACCGAUGCCACCUCGAAAAUCAAGUUUCAAGAACUGGACAUUUCUCAAGUUGCGUGACCACAAUAGUAACAAGCGAAGUGGUAGUACUCGCUCUCACAGUCGGUUGAGAAGCUUGGCUCCUAGUCCAACGGGGUCUUGGUCACGCAAUCAGCUUGGUCAACGCGAGAAGAUGUACUCACAGCUGUCGGGUUCAGUUCAUGAGAUUGCUUCCAGCCGUAGUACCCAAAAGGACGACAGACAAGCCGAAAUUCUUGAGCAGCGGCCAGCUCUGCAGGUGAUAGGCAUUCCGAACCAUCCCCACUCGUCGACAUUGAAGACGGGGCGUGCCAUACUGGACGGCUGUAUGGAUUUUGACCUGGGGUUGGACGAUGUGGGAGAUAAACAGUGGCACCCCGACGUCAAACGCGCCGACGAGAGCACCUAUGACCCCUAUGACCCCUAUGAUCCCUAUGACCCCUAUGACCCCUAUGACCGUUCUCCAGUGGUACCAGUUCAUCGGAAACUGGCCGAAUUGAAGCUGGAGACGGUGGCAUCGCGAGACUCCUGGCCUCUUCGAUCUGCAGCCAGUCAAAAAGAGAACGCCGGACCUCCGCCCUCACCGCCCGCCAUGAUCCCAGUUCCCGUGGUCAAAGGAUAUAUGGAGGAAGACGCGCAGAUGGAACCGCCAGUGGCAGAAGCGAGCGACCGGGCGGACAACGUAUUUACGCCACUACUCCAACCUGGCCAGGGACGAGUUGAAACGGCGGCGAAGAAGGCAGUCUUUCCACCACGCAAAAGCUCGCUCAGGAUGAGGAUUGAGUUGCGCAGGGGGUCCAGGCCACUUUCAGAAUGCGAUAUCCCCGUUCCGGCUCUAGUUCGACCUUCUUGA